CCCGUGCCGUCAUCAUUGUGUUACUUUCGUUCGAAUAGACAGUUCUCGCAACACUCACACAUACCAAUCAUCAUGAGCGGACGCGGCAAAGGUGGAAAAGCAAAGAGCGGCAAAUCCAAGACCAGGUCGUCCCGUGCCGGGCUUCAAUUCCCGGUCGGUCGUAUCCAUCGUCUGUUGAGAAAGGGCAACUACGCCGAGCGCGUCGGAGCCGGCGCACCGGUCUACUUGGCUGCCGUCAUGGAAUACUUGGCCGCUGAAGUUUUGGAAUUGGCCGGUAACGCAGCCCGUGACAACAAGAAGACACGUAUCAUACCCAGGCACUUGCAAUUGGCAAUCAGAAACGACGAGGAGUUGAACAAACUCUUGUCCGGCGUCACCAUCGCCCAGGGAGGAGUGUUGCCCAACAUCCAGGCCGUCCUUUUACCCAAAAAGACCGAGAAGAAAGCCUAAGUUGUCGUUCUGCCCCGCUAACUAAAACGGCCCUUUUCAGG